CGAAUCCAGAACUAGUCAGUCACAAUGAGAAUAAUAUAAAAAAUAAUUCAUUUUCUCCGUCAUUAAAAUCUUAAUAAAUAAUUAAUAAAACAAAGAAUUAAAGAGGACUUAAAGUUAAACAAAUAUGGCAAUUCUGGAGAUUGCUAGUGGUAUUCUAUUUGCACCAUUUUUCUUUGUUUUAAUUAUCAUAAUAUUACUAGCAUCGUUCGGAAAAUCAUUUGGCAUAAGGCGGCUGUAUGUUCAAAUGCUAGUGAAGUUAUUUGAGUACGGUCGUGCUAAUAUUGAAUCAGCAAUUAAGCGAAAAGACAGCAGUUCCGAUUGUGCAAGUGACACCGAAGAUGAGGCUGAUCAUGAAAAAGAGAAAUCUGUGGAUCAAGUCGUUGAUAAUUUGGAAAUACCAAAGAAAAAUGGAAUUAUUAGAAAAAUUAGUUCAAAUGGCAAUAUUGGAAAUGGAAAUGGAAAUUCCGUCAUUUCAAAAGAAUCACUUAUUUUGGUCCCUGAUAAGACAAUUUCGACAGCUGUGAAUCAGAGCAAUGGAAAAGAAUCGCCAAUAUUGCUAAACAAUAAUGAUGAUGAGCAAAAAAUUAGCGAUAAAGACAACAAAUUAAAUGACUUCAAACUCGAUGAUUGUUUAGAGUAUGUCAAGUCUGGGAUGGAAGCAAUAAUUGAGGAUGAUGUGACUUCAAGAUUUCAGGCUGAGGAGCUCAAAAAUUGGAAUCUUCUGACGAGAACAAAUAGAGGAUAUGAAUUUAUUUCGUGGAGGCUGACAGUCCUAUGGGUUAUAGGGUUUCUAAUAAGAUACUUAUUCUUAAUGCCAUUGAGGGUUAUCAUAUGCUUUAUUGGGGUCGGUUGGUUGGUUGUGGCAAUGACAAUCGUUGGAUUUGUUCCAUUUGAGGACCUGAGACUUUGGAUGAACAACAAAGUGUCUUUAGUCGCGUACAGAAUAAUUAUUCGAUCAUUGUCUGCCUUAAUUAUUGUCCACAAUGAAGAAUAUCAGCCAAAAAAUUGCGGUUUUUGUGUAGCAAAUCACACAUCGCCAAUCGAUGUCGCAAUCUUAUCUACUGAUUGUACCUAUUCAUUGAUUGGACAGCGACAUGGAGGAUUCCUUGGGAUUUUACAACGAGCAUUAGGAAGAGCUUCUCCUCAUAUUUGGUUUGAAAGAGCUGAAGCUAAGGACAGAUCAGCAGUUGCUACUAGACUAAGACAGCACGUAUCAGAUCCCAAAAAUCCACCAAUUUUAAUCUUCCCAGAAGGAACAUGUAUCAAUAACACGUCAGUUAUGCAGUUCAAAAAAGGAAGUUUUGAAGUCGGAGGCGUUAUCUAUCCAGUUGCCAUAAAGUACGAUGCACGCUUUGGAGAUGCAUUUUGGAACAGUUCAAAAGAUUCAAUGAUUCAAUACCUAUACAUGAUGAUGACAUCAUGGGCAAUAGUUUGUGAUGUUUGGUAUUUACCGCCAAUGUAUCGUGAAGAAGACGAAUCAGCUAUAGAUUUUGCAAAUCGAGUAAAGAGCGUAAUUGCAAAGCAGGGAGGACUAAUUGAUCUAGUCUGGGAUGGUCAAUUAAAGAGAAUGAAAGCCAAAAAGGAAUGGAAAGAAAUACAGCAAGAAAAGUUUGCAGAGAGGCUGAAAGGAGAUUAAUUUAAGUGAAGAAACUAUUUAGUCUCUCUGUCUAGGAUAUUAAGUUAUUAUUAUUAUGUUGAGAUGGCGGUAUACAGGCAUAAUUCAAAAAAAUCAUUCCAAAACCUACUCAAAAUGUGUAAAUAGGAUCGCAAAAAAAUAUGAGGAGAAAGAAAACCAAAAAAAUGGGGAUUGAUUGCUCAUGACAUCUAAAUUUUUAAAAAUUUUUCCGAAUUUUAAUGGAUUUUUGAAAUUUGAACUCAAUCAGUCCAAAAACUCAAAUUCUAAAAGUUCGUUAAAAUUGGAUGUCUUGGGUAAGCGACCCUAAAAACACAUAAGACGAUUACCUCUUCUUUAUUACUAUUAUUACUCUAUAUAUCUGAUCGUAAUAUGAUUAUUUACGAUUUUUCUGUAACUUUACGACGGAAAAAAGACUGAUGACGUUUCAAUGAUAUUUUCUACAUCACAUAAAGAAGACAAAAGAAGAAAACUAUUGAAAAGAGUGUAAAAAUAGGCAAUGAAACUGAUUAGAAAAUAACAAGAUAAGUCAACAAAUAAUAAUAAUAAUUGGGAACUAUAUGCUGCUUUCCUGUCCUCCCUAGUUUCCGCAAUCACAAGCAAAUCUAAGCAUUAAUUUUCUGUAUUAAUUUGAACGAAACUUGUGACAAUGAUGAAGAAUUUGAUGGUGCAUUUGCAAUUCUAAAAAAUCGGUUGUACUAUCUACUUAAACCUGCACAUCCUUAUUUUUUGCUUGUUAAUUAAACCACCUUUUUUGGUUUGCUGCUAAAUUAAGUUUAAAUUAGUG